GCCGGCAGCUGCCCCCAACCCCUGACAGCUGCCCCCAGCUCCCCACGGCGUCAGGACCGAGCAAAGGCCACGUGGCAGCUGCAAGGGGCCUCGGCUGCUGUGCACAGCUCCCGGUGUCAGGCCCCGGUGCUGGUAACGUGGCACGUGCCAGCAUCAGCGCCCGGAGAGGGAAAGUUACCGCUAAUGGGGCAGCAUAUCUGGACUGAACCGUUUGGUGAUAAGGGGGCUCGGGCAGGCAAUCCUGCUGGGGGGUGGGCAGGGCCCGAGCCCCAGCUCCUCCGCCCUCCCCCUCCUCUGCCCCCCACUUGGUCUGUUGUGGGGGGGCCCCGUGGAUUGAGGGGUGGGGGCUGGCUAGUGAGCAGUGGCCGCUGCUGACCCCCCCAGGCUGCAGGAGGCAGGCGGAGAAAGGAGAAGCCUGGGAAAGAAGCGUUAAUCCCUGUGCCCUCUGCCCCCUCAGUGCCUGGGCAAAGAACGGCAGUGCCAGCUGGCACCGGGCAAUGUCCCCAGCCCUGGAGGAAACACCCAGGGGCGUCGGUGAGCUGCAACGGAACCAAGGGGCCCUUCUCAAAGGUGCCUGCUCUGUGCCCCCCAGCACCUCCCGACUGCCUGGGCAGCGCAACCUUCUCCAUUCUUGCAUCAUGCCCCUUGCCGGGAGCCCUCAGCACCUGUUCCCGGCCGGGGGAGGCAGCACCCCCCAAUCCCCCCCAGCCAGCACCCUCCCCCGGGGCCCCAGGUGCCGGCCAAUCACAGCAGGCAGGAGGGCAGGGCCUGCCCCCAUGACUGACAAGUGCCUGGAGCCUGGACGGGCAGCACCUCAAGCCAAGCCCUGAGUCGGGCUCCCUCGGGCGAGCAGCACCCGUCUCAGCCCCUGGCACUGGGCAGCGGCCGUGGCGAGCAGCUCCUCGCAUGGCAGGGCGACGCGGGGCAGCCCGGGUGUGACAGCAGGAGGCAGACUGGCUGGGCAGAGCUCGGAGACAGAUCCUGAGGGCCUGGCACCGUCCCUACCCCCCUGCCGCCCUCGGUUCUAGAUGGCGCCUGGCUCCGGCGCACAGGGGGAGAGGAGCGGGCAGCCCCCAGGGGGUUGGCUAGCCCUGGCCGCCCUGGCCUUGCUGUGGGGAUCCUCGGUCCAGGGAGGAGGGAAGCCAGGGUGCCCCUCGUGCGGGAUGCCCACCCUGGAGCCGGGCACGGAGAGGCGCUUCCUGCUCGAGCUGGCCAAGCGGCAGAUCCUGGAGAAGCUGCACCUGAGCGAGAGGCCCAACGUCACCCAGCCGGUGCCCCGUGGAGCCGUCGCCAACGCCCUGCGGCACCUGCAUGUGGGCAAAGCCCGGCGGGACGGGCAGCCGGGGCCCUUCGCCCGCUGGGACGGCCCCGACGCCAAUGAGCUGGGCUAUGAGAUGAUCAGUUUUGCCAAGACAGAGUUCUCCUCGCCCUCCAGCACGGGCCUGCGUUUCCGGUUCAGCCGGGGCAGGGGCCAGGAUGUCCACAUCUUGCAGGCCCAGCUGUGGCUGUACGUCCGGGCCCCCCGGAGCGGGCUCUCCCCGGUCACGCUGCGGGUUUCCCUGGCGGGGGCGCUGCUGAGCGAGAGGCAGCUGGAGGCCCGGGCCAGCGGCUGGCACACCUUCGCCCUCCUGCCUGCGCUCCAGGCCUUCUUCCGCGGGCAGGAGAAGACGCUGAGGCUGGAGCUGGAGUGUCGCGGGUGCCAGGCGAACGCCACGGCCGGGAGCGACGCCGGCGGCUCCCACCAGCCCUUCCUGGUGGCCAAGGCCACGAUGCGGGAGCCAGGGCAGCGGCUGGCCAAACGCAGCCUGCGCUGCGACCAGACCUCCAGCCUGUGCUGCCGCAAAGACUAUUACGUGGACUUCCGGGACAUCGGGUGGAACGACUGGAUCAUCAAGCCAGAGGGCUACCAGAUCAACUACUGCAUGGGCCAGUGCCCGCCCCACGUGGCCAGCAGCCCGGGCAUGGCCUCCUCCUCCCACACGGCCGUGCUUAACCUGAUCCGGGCCCACAACACCCAGACGGGCGGGCAGUCCUGCUGCGUGCCCACACACCGCCGGCCCCUCUCCAUCCUCUACUUCGACCGCAACAGCAACAUCGUCAAGACCGACAUCCCGGACAUGAUCGUGGACGCUUGCGGGUGCAGCUAGGGGGGCACGGCUGCCCCUGGAGAGGUGGGGGACGGGGGGAAUCUCGCGGUGCUGGUCAGCAGGGUUGGCAUAGACUGCCCCGAUGCCCUCGGGCGCUGUUCGGGAGACGCGGGUCAGGGAUUGUUCUGGACUCUCACUCCCAGGAGGCUGGUUAACGUGAUACAUCUCUUGGGCGUGUGUGUCGGGGGGGGGGGGGGGAGGCAGCUGGCUACACCCUCCCUCCCCCCCAGCGCACGCACACAUUUCAAGCACAAGUGUGCAAGGAGGAAACCGGGCCAGGUGCCAAGUGGAGGAAAGGUCUCCGGGCCGGCUCGGGGCCAACGCCCCGCGGCACACGGCUCGGCUGCCCCAGCCGGGUAUUUCUAGAGCUGGGUGGAAAAUUUUGCCAAACAAAGCGGGUGGGUUCGUCUCACCGAGAACAUUUUGAUUUUCAGGGGAUUGGGCAGAAAACUAGCAAUUUCCAGCCGAGAAAAGGAACCUUUGGGCCCAAAAUGUCCGGUGUUGAGAUUUUCCGUUUCCCAGCUGACCGUUUUCCCCAGGUGCUUCCCAAGGGCCGUGGUGGAUCUCCCAAACCUGGCGCUUUGCCGGUCGAGCCGGGCUGGUGUCCGCUCCACCAGGCGUUACGCCCGGGGGGUGGCAAGACCCACGUGCAGGAAGAGGCCAGACAAGCCGGGCAUGGUUGGGAACAGCCCCUAAGACCGGUCAGUGCUUCGAAAGCCCCAAUUUGUCACCCCCAGAAGAUUCCCAUGGAAAAUGGUCUCCCAGGCUCUGGUCCUUUCACCCCUUUCUGGGGGGCUGCAGCCAAUCGCUGAGCAGGUCUCUGGGGUCCAGUCAGUUCUUCUCCCAGCCUAGGCCGGGCACCGGGCACCGGGCACCGCCCUGUUGACGGAGCUGGGACCCGCUUGGGUGCAGAUUCUCUAGCGACAUUUUUCUCAUUGCGGUGGCAGUUCUGCUGCCGUGGGACGGACAUAUUCAAUGCAUUGGGGGAGUGUUUACUGUAGGGCACCUCCCCAGGGUCGGAGCAGGGCACGGGGUGGUCGGGGAGGGGGAACCUGCCCCCCCGGUUCCCCACCCCGCCCUGCUGUGGAGCCUGGUGCCGAGUUUGCCUUUUUGUAUUUUCUUUUCGCACUAAUGUAAAAAAAUAUAUUUUAUUUUAUUUUAUUUUAUUAUUUCGAGCGACGUCUCCAAUAAAUGGGUG